AUCGUAAAAUUCAGUCGACGAUUGUAAGCCGUACCGUUCAGACGUAUUUUAUCGGAUUUCUACGCUUUUUCGGUUUCGGAAUUCCAGAACUUAAAAACGCAUUAGAAAAGAAGAAAAUGAACCAAAAAAAAAUACAUAGAGAGAGAAAGAUAAUUUGGUUCAACGAAAGUUGUUAAUUAAAAGGGAACGAAAAACGUAAAAUAAUAAACAACCGUGCAAGUUUCACUGUUUGUUGAAUAAAAGAAGAAAACGGUCGUAUUUCUCAAACGAAAUUCAUUAAGUGUUCUGCUUAUUUGAGCAAAUGACUAGUUUUUGGGAAUGUGCUUGUGAAAUAUACAACAAAGAAACAAAAUCAAAUGAAAAUCGAAUAACAUUUAUUAAAUGACAAGUGAAUUGUAAUAAUUGGCCAAUGAGAAAAGUUAAUGGGUUAUUUCUGCAUGAAAUUAUGAUGAAAUUCAUAAGAAACUAUUCACUGCCAUAUCAAAUGUAACUGUUCAUAUCAACCGCAAUACCAAGGUGACACUGAAACCAUUCUCGAUAAAAAAAAACUAUACGCACGUUAAUGAAGAGGAAGGAAAUAUUAACACAUAUACACGAAACAUAUAUGAAAUAAAACAAAUUUUUGUUUCUUGUGAAUAAACAUUAAAAACAAAAACGAAAUAUAACUGCUUAAAAAAAAUUCUGCCAAUUUAGUAACAGUUUGUGCGUGUUAAAAUAUCGUAUAUCACGUAAGCUGAUUGGAAAGAAGCGAGAACGAAAUAGAACUGAAACAAAGCAGAGCAAAACAAUGAACACAUUUGCCAAAGUCGUUCGGAUUAUCAGUGAUUAAAGUGAUUAAGAGUGCUUUUGACCGAAUGUGCAGCUAAACGAAGAAAUCCAUAUUCAACAACUACUACACACGAACAACUACUACACAUUCAUUGUGCAAAUUGAUCCAAUUUGGCUCGAUAAAUCAACGACCGAAAAUUAUAUUUUAUAUAUUGUGAAGAAACAAGAGGGAAAAGAAAAAAGUAGUCGCCGUUUAAAUUGUUCCGUUUUCACAUAAAUAAAUCCAAUUUGACUGCAAUUGUGAAAGAGUUGCAUUAUAUGUUGAAUGCGGUGUGAAAAAUUGCACGGAAAAUAUUUUCAUCGUUAUGUAAUCGCAGCGAGAUGAAUCGCAGCUAGUAUGUUCGGCUAAAUGAAAGAGAUUCCAACGUUUGAAUGCGAUUCAACAGACGAAUUUAAAACGAAAUAAAAUUUAAAAUCAAUUUGAUCUCGUCCCGUGUGAAUUAUGUAUGAUGUGCAUUUAAGAGACCAAUGACUCACGACGCGAAAUUACAUAAUGCCUAGUUUGAUUGCAGUUUAAAAAAAAGAAAACAAAUAAAAAGAAAUAAAAGCUACAACUUGAAAACAGAAACUGAAAAUAGAAUAUCCAAAUGUUAGUAAAAGACCCGAAUCAAGUGAAUAAAUCAAAUGUAAUUUUUAUUUCGUCGACAAUCUUAACCAAAGUUUUUAUUUUUUCCAAUUGAUAAUUUUUUUUUCUUCAUUUACAAAAAUAACAAAACAAACAUGACAUCGAUAAAGCGACAUUUCAUUCGUGAACUAUUGACAUUUACGGUGGUCGUACAGCUGAUUGUAUUAUGUACAUUGAUUGGCAGUAGUGAAGGCUCAUCAUGCUAUUCGGUGUGCGUUUGCAAGUGGAAAGGUGGCAAACAAACCGUCGAAUGUACGCGUAAUUCAUUGAUUACCAUUCCCGAAGAUCUUGAACAACAGACCCAAGUGCUAGAUAUGUCGGAUAAUAAUUUACAAAUUUUAGCGCGUGACACAUUUAGUCGCGUUGGUUUGUUGAAUUUACAAAAAGUUUAUCUGCGUAAUUGUCGUCUCGGUCAAAUCGACAGUGCAGCAUUCGAUGGCCUCACAAAUCUCGUCGAAUUGGAUUUAUCCGAUAACUUAUUAACGGCAGUACCAACGGCAAUUCUUGCAUUUAUACCAUCAUUACGCGAAUUAUCAUUGGCCAGAAAUCCAAUUCAAAAGAUUGACAGUCAAAUAUUCCGAAAUAAACAUACACUCACCAAAUUGGACUUAUCACAUUGUGAUAUUCAAACAAUAACGCCCGAAGCAUUUAUUGGGCUUCAAGAAUUACAAGUCCUAAAAUUGAAUGGCAACAAACUCAAUGAACUUCGACCGAGAACCAUUGAUACGCUUCAAAAAUUGUCAAACAUUGAAUUACACGAUAAUCCAUGGAUAUGUGAUUGUCGUUUGCGUAACGCUAAAAUGUGGUUGCAUGAAAAACGACUGGUACCAUCAAUAGCACCGGUAUGCCGUAGUGGUCCCGAACGCGUUAUCGAUCGAACAUUUGAUGAUCUAAGCCAAGACGAUUUUGCCUGCAAACCAGAAAUGAUGCCUGUUAAUCGUUUUGUUGAAUCAACGUCCGGCACAAAUGCAACAGUCACUUGUCGCGUUCAUGCUGUUCCACAGGCCGUUAUAAAUUGGUAUUGGAAUGGUCGUCAAUUGAAUAAUGGUUCAUCGUAUAGUUCAUAUCAAAAAUUGUACAUUUUGGAAGAUGGAGAGUAUGAAAAACAAAGUCGUCUUGUUUUAACCAAUGCACAAGACUCGGACUCUGGUGAAUUUUAUUGUGUGGCUGAAAAUCGAGCUGGCAGUACUGAAGCCAAUUUUACACUACACAUUUCAAUGCGUUCGGUUGGCACAUCAUUGGGAAGUCAUCAAAUUAUUGGAUUAAGUGCAGCACUUAUUGUAUUAAUGUUAUUCAUUUUGGCAACGUCAUGCUUCCUAUUGGAUCGUAUGCGACGUGAUCCAUUUUUGGAAAGUAAAUCACCCGGUCAUUUGGAAGUGAUCACAACAAAUGCAAAUCAACAAGUAACCGUUAAUGGAAAGCCAACAUGCAAUAAUAUUUAUGUGGACACAAAUAAUGUGAAUGCAUCGAAUGCAUUAAACGAUCGAAAAGAGGCGAAUGAUGUAAAACUUGCGAAUCCAGUACAAAAACCACCACGUUUAACCGAUAUUACAUAUUCAACAAGUCAUUAUGAUGGUAACGGUAGCAUUAUUACGGCUGGUAGUGCAUUGUUUGCAUCGCCAACGGCAUCCGCCGGUAAUAAUCCGGAUUUAAUAAAUGAUACAAAACGCUUCGGAAGUGGUGAAUUCAAUCCGCUAGCAAUGGAUGCGGCCAAUUUACAAAUACCAACCACAUCGCAAAAUUGUGAUUCAAUGGAUCGUCAUGGUAGCGGCGAAUAUAGUCGAGCCGGUGGCUGUGAUUCAUUAUAUCCAUCUGGCCUGUGGGAAUCGAAUGGUCCAAGCCUAACACAAAAUCAACAAACUCAACACAGUUUAGCGGCAGCCGCACAAGAUUUGUAUUUAAAACGGGCGGCAAAUGCAACAUUACAGCAUGCAUUCAAUGGCAGCGGUAGUAUUUAUAGUGAAAAAAUGCCAAUCAUCGAAAAUAUUCAUACGAUCAAUUUUGAUGAUGAGACACAUGGAUCGACUGGCGUUGACUAUCACAGUCGAACAUUUCCACGAACGGCAAUCGCUCAACAUUUAGUUAGUAGUAAUGGAAUGCGCAGUAGUGAAAAUAUGAUCGCCAGUGAACAAAACGAUAGCGUAAUUAUCAAUAAUAACAAUAAUUUGAAUAAUUUAAAUAAUAUGGCCGUUGUUACGAGCGGCAUUAGUGCGGGCAUUGCGACAAGCAGUAGCAGUAGCAGUACAAGUGGUUAUCCAUCUGAUUAUGGCCUUCCAAUGGUACCGGGCGCCGAGCAUCAUAAAUCACGCGAAGCAUUACCACCAACCGGAAUUUCAAAUGCAAAAACUCUACGUGUAUGGCAACGUGGUGGUGUUCCUGUACUACCACCAGUCACUGCAUUGAAACGAGCUUUAACCAGCAGCCGAAAUUCACCGGACGAAGGAUACCAAGAAGGUUGUGGCACAGACGUGUAAUUUCAUUCUAUCAUACUAUACAUAUUAUAAAUAUAUAUAUACUAGAUUAGAUACACGUUUUACCUUAUAACACACAAAACUCCUUUCAUACAUAGACAACAACAGAAUUACAUCAAAAAAAAAAAAAACA